AUGGCGGGUAGAGACUACUUCAGACCCCUUAAAAGUCAAAUUGACUCGGGAUGGUGGGUCAGGACAGUACCCCUGAUUUUGAUUGUAGGCUGGGGAGGAGCAACAGUUCCCCUCCAAUCUAGGUGGGUGUUGGUUCGCACAACCGAUGGAACCACGUUAGCUGAGAAUACCACCUACUCUGGAACCCCCAGUUUCCGAGUGGACCUGAGCCAGUUCUUUGGGGAUGAACCUUGUGAUGCACUGGGCCUUAGGGGCCGAGGGGGGAGCAUGGUUAUGUCAGGACUGGGAAGGGUGGCGUGUUCCUCAUAUGGAGAUGGGAAUAUGUACGUAGCUCGGCAGCUAUGGUACACUCAGCAUUAUGGAUGUCCAGAGAGAAAAGGGCGGCACCAGUGUGGAAACAUUGAGGAUUUUUAUUGUCGCCAAUGGGGUUGUGAGACUUUUGCGUACUGGAAACAAGGAGACCCGGACAUUAAAUUUGCCAGGCUAAUUGACCCAAGGCCUGAGAGAUGUCCAGUCUCUACCCAGUGUAAUCCAACGGUUGUGACUGUCCGAGAUGGAGGAAGCCCAUUUUGGCCUACAGGAAAGACUUGGGGCCUCCGCUUAAAUAUAGCAGGAACCCUGUUCACUAUCCAAAAGAUGAGAGCCAGAGGGCCCCGGCUUCCCAUAGGCCCAAAUGGAGUGUUAAACCCCCAAGCAUUGCCCAGGCCCAGACCCAGCCCUCCACAUCAGCCCACAAGGAGCCCCUCGCGGACCACCACCACCGCAGGUCAACCUGAUUGGGGCCACAAUUCCUCAACAAUUGUAUCCACUGGGGGGAAACCAAGAACCGCUAUCCCUCCUGUUCCUGUCCCACAGGCCAGACUCAUGAGGACUCUAGAUUCAGUUUUCACUCUCCUGAAUAGCUCCAACCCAGCAACCACCGAUAGUUGCUGGUUAUACUUAAAUCCCUCACCCCCUUACUAUGUAGGUCUGGCCGCCAGCCUAAACAUAGGAACAGGGGACGGGGAAGUGGAAAACACCACCCUUGAUGAUCAGCAUCUCGCUGAUCUAGCAACUUGCCUGGAAGGAGGGGCGGCCUCAUUAACCCUGGGGGACCUCCAAGGGGAAGGGUCCUGUUUCAUAGGAGGAGAAUACUCCUUGUCAGCUUCCCCUUACUCCCAGAAUUGUAAUAGCAGCAUGAAAAUUUCCCGCAACACCCAGGUAUUGAUUGCCCCUGAAGGGGUUUGGUUUGCUUGCACUUAUGGAAUGACUCGGUGUCUGGUAGCUGAAAGGAGCCGAGAGCCUUGGUUUUGCAUUUUAGUAUAUGUAAUCCCCCAGGUCUAUAUAUAUGCUGGCCCCUCCGGAAUGGAGCAUUUCCUAUCCCCAGAAGCCCAUCUCCGCCUUCAGAAAAGAACCCCCCUCUUAGUCCCAUUACUUGCUGGGCUAGGAAUUGCCGGUUCAGCAGCCGUUAGUGCUGCGGCCCUGACUACUCAGAAACUAUCAGUCCAGUUCUCAGAAGAUAUCAGGCUCAUUCAAGAUCAAAUCAGCCACCUAGAGAAGGCCCUGGACUCCCUGGCGAAGGUAGUCCUCCAGAACCGGCGAGGGCUAGACUUGUUAUUUCUCCAACAGGGAGGCCUCUGUGCAGCGCUUGGAGAGGCUUGUUGCUUCUAUGCCAACCACUCAGGCGUGAUAAUGGAGAGCAUUAAAACCCUACAGAAGCGACUGAGAGAAAGGGAAAAGGAGAAAGAAAGUCAAGAGGGCUGGUUUGAAGGGCUGUUCAAUUGGUCCCCUUGGCUGACCACCCUGAUAUCAGCCUUGGCGGGACCCCUCCUACUCUUACUUCUAGGCCUGACCUGUGGGCCCAUCAUAAUUAAUAGGUUAGUAGCUUUUGUUAGAGAGCGUGUUCAGGCUGUUAAGCUGUUGGCCCUAACCACCCAAUACAGCCGAAUCCUGCAAACUGAAGACACAGCUGUUUAG